GCCUCAGAGGUAUGUCCAAACAUUGAGCAAUAAACUUCUGAACUUGAGACCAAAAGGCCUGGAACCACAGAGUGAUGCAAAUAUGGAAGCACAAUGUCAAAUCACAAACGCAAAUCAAAAAGUGGCCAUAGUGGGCAUCGGAUGUCGCUAUGGCAAUGGAGUCGACAGCGUCAAACAUUUCUGGAGGAUGUUGGUGGAAGGCCUGGAUUGCACAACACCGACACCACCUGAACGUUUCGACACCAGCUACUUCCUGAGUCCGGGAGAGAAAACAGCAGGAAAAAUGUACAUUGAAAAUGGUGGAUAUAUCUCGCAGGAUCCAUACAUGUUUGACAGACAGUUCUUUAAGAUGCCACCAGAUGAAGCAGCCCAUCUCGACCCUCAGGUCAGAUUGCUUCUUGAAGUCACGUGGGAGGCUUUGGAGAACGCUGGGAUACCCGCGUCAGCAUUACGAGGAUCUCAGACCGGUGUGUACAUGGGCGUCACUGCACAGGAGUACACCUCAUUAACAAGUACACCGUACCACAACAUGAACCAGUACAGCAACUCGGGCACUAACUCAUGCAUGGUGUCCAACCGUAUCUCCUAUGAGUUCGAUCUGCGUGGACCAAGUUUCUCAGUGGACACUGCUUGUUCGUCCUCUCUCUACUCGAUCUACUUAGCAUGCGAUGCAUUGAAGCAAAAGUCGAUUCCUAUUGCAUUAGCUGGUGGGGUCAAUUUGAUACUGAUGCCUACGGCUACAAUUGGCUUUUGUCAGGCGGGAAUGCUCUCAGGGGAUGGGAAAUGCAAAAGUUUUGAUCAAUCAGCUGACGGUUAUUCUCGAAGCGAAGGGGCUGGUGUCGUUGUCCUGAAACUCUUGAGUGACGCCUUGAGGGACGGAGAUCGUGUUUACGCAGUCAUACGAGGAGGUACACUCAGUAACGAUGGACGUACUCCGGGAAUAGCAAACCCCAGUUACGAAGCACAAGUUGACCUGGUGAAGAGUGCUUGCCGCAACGCCAGAGUGCACCCCUCAGAGAUAGUGUAUGCAGAGGCCCACGGUACUGGAACAAGAGUUGGUGAUAAGACAGAGGCUGGUGCGUUGGGUGAGGUCAUGGGAAGCCAUCGUGGUCCUCAACAUCCUCCACUCUACAUCGGUUCUGUUAAAUCCAAUCUGGGUCAUACAGAGGGUGCAGCAGGAGUGGCUGGAAUAAUCAAAGUAGCACUGAGUCUACAUCAGAGACAGAUCCCGCGUGUUGUCCAUUUUCAAACCCCAAACGAAAACUUGAACCUCGAAACUCUUCAGAUUCACAUUCCAAAGACGUUGACCUGUUGGCCGAAAGAAGGGAAACGAACCCUUGCCUGCUGCAGCUCCUUUGGUUUCGGUGGAGCAAACGCAAACAUUGUUCUGGAGAGGUCACAAUCUGCACCAAAUGACUUCAAGAGCUUGACAAAUCACGAUGACAUGAUGAGCUGUCUUCUUCUAUCUGCAGCUAAUCAAGAAGCUGUUCACCAGAAAAUACGAGACUGGACUAAGUACUUGUUGGAAGACACAGAUAUCAACGAAAACGAGAACGUUUUCAAAGCUGCACUUUACACUGCAGCUGUUCGAUCCCAUCACCACACCAACCGUAUCGGAUUCAUUAUUCGAUCGAGGGAGGAUGCUCUUGAACAACUACAGCACAAACUGGACAACGUUCCUCAAGACAAAGCUCGAUAUGUGGAAGGCAUAGCUUCAGCAACUUCAGACACCAAGCAGCAGAUUGUAUUCGUGUUCUCUGGUAUGGGAACACAGUGGUGGGGCGUGGCCAGGGAACUCAUGCACACGCAGCCUGUCUUCGCAUCAAAGAUUCAGAGUAUCGAUGACAUACUUCGAAAGUGUGGAACUAAAUGGUCGUUGGUUGCCAUGCUCACAACGGAAACGAGCCAAGAACAGAUUAACAAAACAGAAAUCAGCCAGCCAUGUCUUUGCGCAGUAGCCAUCGGACUUGUGGAUCUUUGGAGACACCGUGGUCUGGUACCCAACGCAGUGGUUGGACACAGUGUUGGAGAGGUUGCAGCUGCCUAUGCAGCAGGAUUACUCAGCUUGGAGCAGGCAGUAAAGCUCAUCUACCGUAGAGGGAGGGAACUACAGAAGACCAGCGGAUCAGGCAAGAUGGUAGCUGUCUUAUACCGUGUUGAAGACACCCUACAGCUAGCUAAGAACAACAAGUAUGGGAAGCUGCUGGAUGUAGCAGCUGUUAAUAGCCCAACUCAGGUUGUAUUUUCUGGCGACAGCUCGUCUGUCGCGGGUUUUGUUAAUGAUCUUCAGUCUGAUAAUGUAAAAUGUGUUGUACUUAAAGUCAAUAAUGCAUUCCACAGCAGACAGCAAGAUGUGGUCAAAAAGCCAUUCAUCCAUAAAGUUGGUAAAUUGCUCAUCACUAAAAAAGUAGUGGGUGAGAGUAAAACAUUGCCCAUGAUGUCGACCGUUACUGGUCGCUACCUAACGGUCGAAGAAGCCAACUCACCAGAGUAUUGGUUUCAAAAUGUACGUCAACAAGUCUCGUUCAUGGAAGCCACUCAGAAACUCGCAAGAGAUGGCUACCGUGUUUUCGUCGAAGUCGGUCCCCACCCAUCGCUGCUUCCUGCUCUUCGAGAGACAUUCACAGAGAUGCAGAACGCAGAUGGCAAGUUUAUCUCUACCGGGUCAUUAGUGAGACCACGAGAUACCAGUAAGAUAGCGGCAGAUUCAGAGAACCUUCUAAUGUCUCAGAUGAAGCUUCAUGUUAACGGUAUAAAGGUUGACUUUCGAUAUUUGUUCAAACCACCCUAUCGCCGCGUUGUAUCGAUUCCACACUACCCAUGGCAACGAGAGAAAUGCUCAAGUAUGACGCAAGAGGCAAAAAAGAGCUAUUUGUUUCCGAUAGAAGCAGGUGAACAUGUUCUACUUGGUGAGCAAAGCAAGACAUUCUACUUGAAGGACUCCCUUGUGAAGAUAUGGCGGGCUAACCUGAAUGCGUCUAGAGUUCCUUGGGUGAAAGACCAUGUACUGCAAGGUGCAGUAGUUGUCCCAGCUGCUGCCUACACAGAGACGGCCCUUGCAGCAGCUAGAUCGUUGUUUAACAACUGUUAUCCAAUGGUACUCUCUGGUUUGUCGUUUGACCGUUUCAUGUUUGCACCUGACUGCGAAGGCUGUUUGGAGACAACUGUAGAGGAGAAGACAUCAGAUGAGUAUUUGUUCACACUCAGAAGUCACGAAGAAUCAACCAAGAAGUGGACACAGCAUUGCCAUCUCACCAUUACUCGGGAUGUAGAUGAUAAUAGUGCACAACUAGCCUCUGCAGAUAGCAUAGAUGUUGAUAGUCUCUCCACAAAGUGUAUUCAUACUCUUCCACUUAAAGAUUUCUAUAGUUUGGCUCUUAAGUGUGGCUUUCAGCUUGGACCGACAUUCAGAGGAAUGGUAGCCUUUUCCCAUUCAGAGGAUUGCCAAGAGGCUCUAGUAAUUGCUGAAGCUCCUUCCAGUGUGCAAAGAGAGUUUCAUCGUUACGUAUACCAUCCAGCCUUUAUGGACAGCAUUUUACAGUCUUUCGCUGUUCUUCUCUUGAAAAUAGCUCAAAUGAAACAAGAUUUGUCCGGCGAAACAUGGCAAUCCAUGUACCACGUUCCCAAAAGUAUAACUCGGUUCGUUCUCCAUUCAGAAACGCCACCACGUGUCAUCAUCCACAUGAGGGUGAAUCACACUAACCAACAGUCUUUUUGUGACAUUGAUGUGGCAGACAGCGAAACGAGGAAGGUCUUUUGCUCAGUGAAGGAGCUUAUGUUUGAAACAAUUCAAGCCAAAAAGACACAGCAUCAGGUGUGGAGUACAUCCUGUAAAAACCUCGGGUUUCUAAAAUGCACUUCAACGGAAUCAACGGCUGCUCUCAACAAGAAGAUAGUCAUAUUUUCUGACGGCACGAAUACAAGUUUAUCCUUGAUACGCCUGUUGGAAGAAGACGGCAUCGAUCUUACCGUCAUUGCAGGUAAAACGGAAAUAACAAAGAAGGUACUGGAAGCCCUCUCUAAAUAUCAAGACUCUGACACAAUCUUCAUUCUUAUGAGAACCUCAUCAGAAGCUCUUGGCUUCGACUUGAAUACAAAGUAUGUUAUGUCGCAGAACCAAUUUGAGAAGUUGCAAGAGGUUCCGUUGACUUGGUGUGAUGUUUUUAAUGGCAUCAGGCAGACAAAUGAAAGAAUGCAAUUGCAAUUACUGCUGGUGACAAGGGGAGCAUACUACAAUGAAGGAGAUGAUGUUCAUCCUUUUGCUUCAGUUACUACAGCUCUUUUGGUGACCUUGGCACACGAGGAACCCUCUCUAUGUGGAAGUGUAAUCGACUUACCGAUCACAGGAGAUAGUGAAGACUGUGCUAAUAUUUCAAGGGAAAUAAUCCAGCGUGCUGAUUCUCUUCUAUGUGACGAAAACUUCCUAGUUGUCCGAAGUAUUACAUCUCGAGAGACAGAAACAGGAAGUGCAAGGGAAACGUCAUGUCAAAUUCUAACCCCCCGGAUUCAUAUGGAAAACAUCUCAGAUAGUCCAGGCAUUGUCUCGACACCUGACUGGUCCUUAGAGGCCAAAACAUUCUCUGGUAACAACCACAUCUUCGUCAAAAAUUCUCCAUCGAAGGCUAAUAAAAUUGACGAAGAAUCACUCACCGUUAAGGUUGAAGCCUUUACUGUUUACUCUUCUCAAGAGUCGGACGUCACAAGUGGUUCUCCGUCGUUUGUGUGCGUAUAUGCAGGACAAGCGGUGAACACGUCAGAUAUUGCCCAAAAUGGUACCAUCUUCGUAAGGCUGACCACUUGUCAAAAGAUUUCGUCAAAAAUUACAUCAAAGUUCUCUGAUGUGACAGAAGUUCCAAGUUUCCUGACCAGCAGUGAAGCUGUCAGUGUUGUUAAAGAUUUUCUACCGUAUGCUCUCUUGUUCAAUCAGCUUAUACCAGUGUCUUCUAGCUUGCGAAUGGGUUUCAAGAUAGAUGUAAUUGACGGUAGUUUUGUAGCUGCAGAGCGUUUAGCACGUGCAUUAGGAGGUGACACGGUUAUUCUAAGUGAUGACCAUGACACAAAACACUCAAGUGCCAUAGCGAGAGGCUCCAACAGCGUAAACGAGUCGUCGAUCGAUGUACUGUUUCUGUGUACUAGUUCAUCAAGACUGGACAGAUCCCUGAAGUCGUUGUUACCGAAGCUCAAACGAAACGCCACUGUUGUGAUAAUAAAAAGCACUCAUCAGAGAAACCAUACACAUCUUCCAACUCUCCCCCCACAAAUGAAAAUGAUGAUGUUUGAUCCCAAGGUCCAGGCGGUAGUUGAGGGUUUAUCAGCUGAUGAGAUGUCACAUGCUUUGUCUGAUCUCUGGAAGAUGUUUGAUCCAACCACCGUGGGUCAUUUGUCAUUUAAUCUUGAAAACGUCAAAGACUUUUCGUCUCUUGCUGCAUCAAACACACCCAUUCCAGAGGAAGAAAUAUUUGAAGUAAGAGAAAAUGAAGUUCUUCUUCCACUGUCUCUUGAGCAAGAUGGUUUCAUUGCUGAUGAAGGAUCUGCAUACUUCAUUACUGGGGGUACCAGUGGGUUUGGUCUCAAGUUGUUGGAGUGGUUGGUGGCCAGAGGAGCUCGAUAUAUCUACAUUGGUUCCAGGCGACCAAUGAAUGAUGAGAUCAAGGAAGUUAUCCAACAAGCUGCUGCAGCAGGUGCUAAUGUUCAGCACAUCCGAAUGGAUGUUUCCAACGCCACCGAUGUCGAGAGGGAAUUAAAGAAAAUGCAAAAAGGGUCUGAUACCUGGCCAACCUUAAAAUGCAUAUUUCACUGUGCUGCUGCAUUUAGUGACAGUUUUCUUUUAAAUCUCACCACUGAAUCGUGGAACAGCGUGAUGGCGCCAAAAGCCUAUGGAGCUUUGCUUUUACACCAGGUGACUGAAAAGUUAGGCAUAAAGCUUGAUAGAUUUCUAAUGAUCUCCUCGAUUGUAUCUCUCGUCGGAAAUGCCGGUCAAGCGAGCUACUGCUCUGCCAAUGUCUUCCUGAACUCCUUGUCACACUAUCGGCACACACGAGGUUUACCAGCAACUGCACUGCAAGCAGGAGUCAUCAGCAAUGUUGGCUUUGCAGUGCGUAAUGAUCUACUUCGUAUGUGGCAAACGAACGGUGUCGACAGCAUGACUCCGAAUGAUGUUCUAGGUGCCAUCGGUUGUGCGUUAAAAGCCCACGUACCACAACUCGGUAUUUCCGGCUACUUCAACCGCGCUUUGUACGCCAAGAGACAUCGUGGUUUUAUGGUGAAGCACUUCAAGGAAACACAAGGAACAGUGUCUAUGAUGAAAGAUAUCUUUCAUGAUCGAGAUGUUUAUCUGACAGUGGCCGAAAGCACACUACGACAAGUUGUUCUGAAGCUCCCGGUUCCUAAAGCUCGCGAGAAGGUUGCGAAUAAGUUGGCCGAGCUCUUGAGCCAACAUCUUGGGCUAACAGAUACUGUACCAUAUGACGCGUCGCCCAUCUCUUUAGGUCUGGACUCACUUCAGGCUUCAGAGUUCAGCCAACUGGUCAACCAACAGUUUGAGGUCAACGUGGGAGUGGUCGACUUCCUGAAUGAUAAGAACACAAUCGAAAAACUUGCAAAGAACAUAACACAAUGUAUUUUCACACAUGCCGCAGAUGGAAUUGAUGAAAGUGUGAAAAGUGACGUCAGAGAACCAGCAUCUACCCCGAGGAUUGUAGUCGUUGAGGGCGAAGCACCCUCAUCUGUUGCAGUAAAGCUUGUCUGUUUCCCGUCAAAUGGUGCAGGACCAUCGCUGUACGCUUCCUGGGUUGGACACUUGAUUCGAUAUGGCAUCCAGGUAUUAAUGAUUCAGCUACCAGGUUGGGAAGGUCGAGAAGACGAGCAACCUUUAAACAACCUGAGUGAGAUCACACGACUGAUACGUGACAACUUAGUGACUAAACUACGUGGUACGCCUUUUGUAUUUUUCGGUCAUAGUAUGGGUAGCUUGAUCGCCUUCGAAGUUGGACAUCUUCUUAUUGCUGAAGAUGAAUUGAGUCCAAAGCAUUUGUUUGUUAGUUCCUGGUACGCACCAACAGUGCCAUACCCUCACCCAGAAGAGCUGCAAAUAUCUCCCGGAACAUUUGAAAGAAUCAAGAAGACGUUGCAGUCGAGUCCACUAUUGGUUCUGAAAGUGCUGAAGGAAGAGAAUGUGAAAUUUAGUUUUCUGGACAGCACUACUCUCUCCAACCUACCUCUUAUGCGUAGGUUGAUACCCUGCAUAGAAGCUGCAGUUGGCAUGUGUAAGGCAUAUCCAACCAAGCUGCGGAAACCAUUGGAGUGCAGCAUUACAGUUUUUGGCGGGAAAGAGGACACGUUUGUAUCUCCAGGAUUGCUUGAUGGUUGGGAAAUGCUGAGAACGAGAGAUUUUCGUUUCAAGAAGGUUGUGCUUCAAGGUAACCACAUGUACAUUCUGACCAGAUCUGUAGAGGUCUUAAAGGAGAUCUGUAUCGUAUGUACAUCUAUCGCUAAGAGAUGAGGGGCCGAUUUCACAAAG